AUGGAGUCUCACACCGAGCACGCUUCAUCGUCUCCACAAGAGUGCGGCAGCAGGAGGUCCAUGCUACAGGUGGACGACCCUUUGACCAACACUCCAAACUACUCCACCGACCACCACAACGAUGGCAGCUCACAGUCAACACACGACAACACCACAGUGAACAUGGAUUCACUGGACGCUUGUGUCCACGACAUUUUGCACGAGGUGGCCACGUCACCCAACCCACCACACUCGUCCGAGGUGUUUCUCCAUGAGCUGGCCAUCGACAUGCCCGACGAUAUCCUUCACGCCUCGCCACCGGCGCCACCCAUGCCAGUUCCGCCCCUGUUUCAUCAGUCUUCUCCCACUAGCUCGAAUAAGUUGAGGCUCUCGACCGACGGCGAGGUCGACGUCGACGCCGCCAUCCUCCACUCGUCCUCAACCAGUGGCAACUCCACAUCGCUGCUUCCGCUGCCACCACCUCUCGCGCUCACGUUUCACUUUGCCAUUCUCGUCAAAGUACCGCGCCUUCCAGCAGCCGACAACAGCAACUCGACCGCCCCCGUCGUGACGUUUGACCCGAUGGUACUGCAGGGCCUUGAGGACCUCGCCAAGCGCCUCGCGCUCGCGGGGUUCCUCGUGCGGCUGGAGUCGCGGCCCGCAUACAAAAAGCACGCACCGCACUUGAAGCUCGUGUUCCUGUUGCACGCCCCGGACGCCAUUUUGAGCGACAUGCAAGCCAAGAUGGAAGUCGAGCGGUGGGUCGCCGGCGGCCGCAAUGGGGAGCACUUUCUGGCGCCGCAGCAGCACGGCAAACUCACGUCCGCGGACCGAAUUGUGCUCGUGGACCGACUGCUGCAUGCCCCGCGACGGCACGGCGGGCUCGGGCUCUUGGAGCUCCAGUCGUCAUGUCCGUUCAAAGCGUUUCCAUUGCAUGACGACCAGUUCAACCGCGAGUACCUUACGCACUGGUUCCUCCAGUGGCGCGCCUACUUUCGCAACAACACGGACAGUGUCGAGAAGAUCCGGCUCCACUUUGGCGAAAAAGCUGCCUUGUACUUUGCGUACAUGGACUUUUACACCAAGUGGCUGCUGCCGUUGGCGCUGUGGGGGCUAUUCAUCUACUUUUUGUCUGCGUUUUCAUCCACGUUGUACUUUCGCAUGUCGGCGAUCACAGGUCUCGCCGUGUCCACGCUGUGGGCGACGCUGUUUCUCAUUUGCUGGAAGCGCCGGCGGAGCGAGCUCCGGCUCAAGUGGGGCGUCGGCGCCCAAGAGCACGUGCACGUGACCAAUCCGCACUUCCAGCCGCCGCCCCCGACCGCGAGCUUGAACGGCGUCAAGUGGAGCCGCCGACUCAAGUACAUUGUCGGGUACCUCGUCUUGGUCGUGUUUUUGGUUGGGGAGACAGUCAUCACGAUUGGGUUUGUGGAUUUGUACUUUUUCCUCAAAGCUGGCUGCGCCGGCAACUGCUCCACGGGCGGGCUCGAGAACUGGGUGCUCGUGCUCUGCCAGGGCAUCCUCCUGGGGCUCGUCGUAGACAUCAUCCAGUACCAGAUCUUCCGCGUGAUUGCCGUGAGCCUCACGCAGUGGGAGAACCACCCGACGGAAAAACGGUACGAGUCGUCGCGGGCGCUCAAAGUGUUUUUGUGGGACUUUUUCGGCAUUUACUCGUGGUUUUGGAUGUGCGCGUUCGUGUACGUCCCGUACGGGUCGCAGUUUAGCUCGCUCCUGAACGAGUACAAUUUGCUGCCGUGGACUUCCAGCUACGAGCCAGGGCUCCUCGAGCUCCAAAGCAUGUUUGUGACGCCGCUCGUGGCCACGCAAGGCCUCAAGAUCGUGUUUGAAAAGAUCAUCCCGUACUUUUUGCUCCAAGCCGCCAAGAAAGCCAGCGACGCUAAAGGCAUGUACGACGUUUACCAUAGCACCCUUGCCGAGCAUUUCGACCGGGACGGCAAAACCGUGUCCGCGGCGGCGACGGCCAGUCCCCCGUCCCCCCCCACAGCAGGGGCGACGUUCCCGCCUCCGUUGCGGGCAAAGUCGUCGACUCGGAUCAUCUCGGACAUGCUCACCAGUUUACCCAAGUUGUCGCGUAAAUUGACCACGUCAUCUACGAAAUCACCGACCAAUCAACAAGCACAAGGGCCUUCCCCGCAACAACCAAAUACCCCCGCAAAACUCGUCAAACAACAGACUCGAUCAAGUCGCCGCCGCAGCAGCAACUUUGGCGGCAGUUCCAUGGCGUUCCAGCAGCAGCGCCAAUGGUUUCUCGAUCGUGUGUUGGACCAAGCCCAUCAAAGCCCCCACGACACGUUUGCCGAUUACGCCGACACGUUGGUGCAAUUUGGAUACGUGAGCCAAUUCACGUGCGUGUGGCCGUUCAUUCCCGUGUGCGCCGUGAUCAACAACGUGUUUGAAGUGCGGUCGUCUGCGUUCCAGCUGGCGUAUGCGUCGCAGCGGGUGGUGCCCCAGCGCACGAGCUCGAUGGGGUCGUGGAACCUCUUUCUCCGAUUCAACAACAUUUGGGCUAUCUUUAUCAACGUGGCGUUGAUCUGCUAUGCGAGUGGGCUGCUCGAGUCAUUCUUCCCCACUUGUGUCCAGCUCCAAGUGUCGACCGACUACGCACAGCACCUUCCGGCUAUGGUCCCCAACUUUAGCUGCAUUGCGUCCAGUGAUCGAUUUGCCAUCUUUGUCGUGCUCGAGCACGUGCUCGUCCUUGUGUACGUGACGCUCACGUUGUCCAUCAACGCCGUGCCGUCGUCAAUCAAGCGCAUUUUGAAAACCAAAGACCGCGUGCUCAAAGAGCACUUUGCCGCCCACAUCACGACCCACGACGACGACAACGACCAAAGAAGAAGGGACCUGUCGCAUGACCACGACGACCAAGCUGCCAAACACGCGAUUUUGCACGACCAGCUCGCGGCCUUGCUGGCCGACCGUCGGCAAUGCGUCGCGCCGUCGCCUCGGCACGCGCCGCCGGUGGCAUCCGGUCGGGGGUCAAGUCGCCGAUCAAGAAGUUAA